UCGGCCUCCGCCGCUGACCUGCCCAAGAGCAGCGUGACGCUUGGCCGCUCCGCAGGGGGGGGCAGCUCGGGGGUCGGGGGUCGCGCGGUCGGGUACGGGGGUCGCGGAGCGGUCGCCAUGGGCAGCAGCCCCAACAUCGCCUCGGCGACCACCAGCGACGCCAUCGCCUUCGGAGACCACCACGCGUCGGCGGCGAGCGGCCUGGCGUCCACCGUGCCACACUCGCUCCGGCAGGCGCGGGACAACGCGGUGCAGGACCUGCAGACGCAGCUGAAGGAGGUGCUGCGGGAGAACGAGCUCCUGCGGCGCGACGCCGAGGCCAAGGAGAGCAAGCUCAGCUCCUCCAUGAACUCCAUCAAGACCUUCUGGAGCCCCGAGCUGAAGAAGGAGCGCGCCCUGCGCAAGGACGAGAUGGCCAAGAUGACCGUCUGGAAGGAGCAGUACCGCGUCAUGCAGGACGAGGCUCAGCACUUCCAGAUGACCAUCCAGGCGCUGCAGGACGAGCUGCGUAUCCAGCGUGACCUGAACCAGCUGUUCCAGCAGGAUGGUGGCGGGGUGCCGGCUGGGCUGCGGGCCGGAUGCGGGCCGGGCGAGGAGGAGCUGACGGAGGAGAGCGUAGCGCGGCUGCAGGCGGAGCACGAGCGGCAGGCCAAGGAGCUGUUCCUGCUGCGCCGCACGCUGGAGGAGAUGGAGCUCCGCAUCGAGGCCCAGAAGCAGACGCUGGCCGCGCGCGACCGCAGCGUCCAGAAGCUCCUGCAGAUGCUGCAGAACAAGCAGACCAGCGCCACGGCAACCGAGGAGGACCACGAGCGCACGCGCCGCCUCGCCGACGCACAGAUGCACACGCACCACCUGGAGAACGUGCUGCAGCAGAAGGACAAGGAGAUCAGCACGCUCAGAGAGGAGCUGCAGCGACGCUAUGAGGGAACGCCCGAGUCCGCCAAGACGAAAGCCCUGCAGACCGUCAUCGAGAUGAAGGACUCUAAGAUCAGCUCUCUGGAGCGCGGGAUGCGUGACCUUGAGGAGGAGGUGAUGAUGCUCAAGUCCAACGGAGCCCUGAGCACUGAGGAGCGUCAGGAGGAGAUGAAGCAGAUGGAGGUGUACCGCUCACACUCCAAGUUCAUGAAGAACAAGGUAGAGCAGCUGAAGGAGGAGCUGAGUGAAAGCGAGGCCAGGGGGGAGGAGCUAAGGAUGCAGGUGGCUGAGCUGCAGCAGGAAGUCCCUGCAAUUGACCAGGUGAAGCAGGACCUCUCCAGGAAGGACACAGAGCUGCUGGGUCUGCAGACCAAACUGGAGACUCUGAACAACCAGUUCAGCGACAGCAAGCAGCACAUCGAGGUGCUGAAGGAGUCGCUACUCGCCAAGGAGCAGCGAGCAGCUAUCCUACAGACAGAGGUGGACGCGCUGCGUCUGCGUCUAGAGGAGAAGGAUUCCAUGCUGACCAAGAAGACGAAGCAGAUCCAGGAAGUGUCCGAGGAGAAGGGCGCCCUGGGAGGGGAGAUCCACGACCUCAAGGACAUGCUGGACGUCAAGGAGCGCAAGGUCAACGUGCUGCAGAAGAAGAUUGAGAACCUCCAGGAGCAGCUGUGUGAUAAGGAGAAGCAGAUGAACAGUCUGAAGGAGCGGGUCAAGUCUCUACAGGCAGACACGUCCAACACAGACACCGCCCUGACCACACUAGAGGAAGCCCUCGCUGAGAAGGAGCGUAUUAUCGAGCGUCUGAAGGAGCAGAGGGAUCGUGAUGAGAGGGAGAAGAUGGAGGAGCUGGACAGCAACAGGACAGAGCUGAAGGAGCUCAAGGAGAAGCUCACACUGCUACAGGCAGACCUGUCCGACCGCGAGACGUCGCUGCUGGACCUGAAGGAGCACGCCUCCUCGCUGGCCUCCGCUGGACUGAAGAAGGACUCCAAGCUGAAGAGUCUGGACAUCGCCAUGGAGCAGAAGAGGGAGGAGUGUAUCAAACUAGAGAACCAGCUCAAGAAGCAGUCUGAGAUUAUGAAAGGCCACUCCCUCAAUCUUGCCCAGUCGGUGGCGCAGCAGGCCCAGGCCAACCCCGAGCUGGCGCAGAAGAUCAGCGUGCUGGAGCAGGAAGUGACCCGGCACAGAGAGGAUGCUGGGAAGGCGCAGAGCGAGGUGGACCGUCUGCUGGACAUCCUCCGAGAGAUGGAGCUGGAGAAGAGUGACAAGGACCAGAAGAUCAACGAGCUGGAGAGUCUGGCUACAAGGCAGAUGAAGGAGCAGGGUAAGAAGGUGGCCAACCUGAAGCACAAGGAGCAGGUGGAGAAGAGCAGGAACGCUCAGCUGCUCGAGGAGGUCCGCAAGAGGGAGGACAACAUCAACGAGAGCUCCCAACAGGUCAAGGAUUCCUUGCGGCAGAAGGACGAGCGUAUCGAGGAGCUGGAGGAGGCGUUGAGGGAGAGCGUCCAGAUCACUGCAGAGCGAGAGAUGGUGCUGGCACAGGAGGAGGCUGCCCGCACACACGCAGAGAAACAGAUGGAGGAGCUGAUGUGUGCGAUGGAGAAGGUCAAGCAGGAGCUGGAGUCCAUGAAGCUGAAGCUGUCGUCCACACAGCAGAGCCUGGCCGACAAGGAGGCACACCUGACCACGCUCCGCGCAGAGAGGAGGAAGCACCUGGAGGAGGUGCUGGAGAUGAAACAGGAGGCGCUGCUGGCUGCCAUCAGUGAGAAGGACGCCAACAUCGCGCUGCUGGAGUUGUCGGCCUCCAAGAAGAAGAAGACUCAGGACGAGGUCGCGCUGCUGAAGAGGGAGAAGGACCGCCUCGUCCAGCAGCUCAAACAGCAGGUGGGACACAUGACCGUCUGGCUGGAGCAGGAGUUGGAGGUGUGUGAGCGGGAGAGUGCGCAGCUGCAGGAGUAUGCCAACUCUGUCCUGCAGCAGAUCGCUGACCACUGUCCAGACAUCCUCGAGCAAGUGGUCAACGCACUAGAGGAGUCCUGCUAA